AUGUCUCCAGUCACUCAAUUCAGUGUCCUGGCCUUCGCGGCAGGCGCCUUUGCUGUCCACGGCCAUCACGGUAUACACAGCCACCCUUCCCGUUCUGGCUCGGCCAGCGGCAGUGGUAUGUUGUUCCCUUACCCUGAGGCCAACGCUACCGGCCUUUGGGGUACCACCGGCACUGGUCUGUCUACUGGCACAGCUGCACCAGACAGUGCAUCGGCUACCAGCGGCGGCCCUCCAACCGUCUACGUUUCGCCCGUCCCGGCUGCGUCCAGCUCAUCUUCCAGCCUUGCUACAUAUUACAAUGCUGCGUCCGACUCUACGACGACCUGCACAACUGAUGUCACAAUCACUACCACCGAGCGCACUUACGUAACUGUCACUGCUGGUGACGGGUCUUCUUCAUCUUCCAGUGUUGCGGUAUCUGCCACCGAUCUCUCCACCAACAACGGUCAAGUGACUUCUCACGUCACUGUCCACAGCACCAUCUACGCUAGUGCAUCCGGUCCGAUAGUCAGCUCCAACUCCAGCUCGGCUUCCUACAGCGCCAGCGCUCCAGUCUACUCCGCCGCGUCCGUCUCCAGCGCCAGCUCGAGCUCUGCCAGCAGCUCUUCGUCCUCUUCUUCCUCGAUCGCGGAUGCAAACUCUCAGUCUCAGGCUCAGAAGUACCCUACCUGGCACCGAUCGUCCUCUUCUGCGGAUGCGACUAGCAGCUCAGUCUAUGUUGCUCCCAGCUCCAGCUCUGUCUACGUUACCCCAAGCUUGUACUCAGCACCUAGCUCCAGCUCCGUCUAUGUUGCACCCACGACUAGCUCCGUCUACGUGGCUCCUACCACCAGCUCCACCUCCGUCUACGUAGCACCCACAACUAGCUCCAGCUCUGCCUGGAUCGCACCUUCGUCUGCAUCCAGCUCGGCCUCGGCUCCAUCUUAUAGCUCUGCCCCAUCUACUGGCGGCAAGCGUGGUCUCGCUUACAACGAUGUCUCCCUCACUUCCGCGUUCGGCGGCUCCGCCCACGUUGGCUGGGGUUACAACUGGGGCUCCAGCUCCGGCGGCCUCAGCAGCUCGCUCAACUACAUCCCUCUCCUUUGGGGCACACGUUCCGACUUCACCAGUGUCUGGGCCGCGAACGCACAAGCCGCCAUCAAUGCCGGCAGCACUCACUUGAUGUCCUUCAACGAGCCCGAUCUCUCCACCCAGGCCAAUAUGUCUCCUCAGGAUGCCGCUACGGCGUGGAAGCAGUACAUGGAGCCCUUCGCCGGCAAGGCCAAGCUCUGCGCCCCUGCUGUCACCAACGGCGGUGGCGAGAUGGGUCUCACCUGGUUGUCCAACUUCUUAAGCGCUUGCCAGGGCUGCACAAUUGACUGCGUCAGCAUCCAUUGGUAUGCUAGCCACACUUUGGGCGACUAUUUCAAGGAGCAAGUUACCAAUGCCACGACUGUGUCUGGUGGCAAGCCAGUGUUCGUGUCCGAGUUCGCCACCACUGAUGGUAGCAACGACGAUAUCUCGAGCUUCUUGCAGGACGUUAUGCCAUGGAUGGACUCCAACAACGACGUUGCCGGCUACGCCUACUUCAUGGUGUCCAACGGCAUGCUCGUCUCUGGCAGCUCACCUUCCAGCUACGGCUCGACCUACGCCACCUACUCUUCGUAG